AUGGUUGGAAUUUCAACCAAAUUAAUUCAUGGAGCAGACGAAGUUUCUCGUGUUCCUGAUGUGAUACCCCCAAUCAACAUUACCACGACUUUUAAAUAUAAUGAUGAUCCUAACAAAUUGGUGAAGGCUGCAGACCUAACGAGCUACUUUGAUGGUGAUUUUUGGUAUUCUAGGUUGGGACACCCUAAUUCAGAGCAGGUCGAAAAGGCAAUUGGUAAAAUUGCAGGGGGUUAUGUUGUAGCGUACUCAUCUGGGCUAAGUGCAUUUUAUGCAGCCAUAACAUAUUUCAAUCCUAAGGUGCUCAGCAUUGGUAAGGGUUAUCACGGUUGUCAUGGAAUUGCUGAUUUACACACUCGCAAUUAUGGGUUAAAGCAAAUCUCUUUGGAAGAUGAUCUUCUGAAGCUAGGUAAAGGAGAUUUGAUUCACUUGGAGACACCUGUAAACCCAGAAGGCACAAACUUUGACAUCAAGUACUAUGCUGAUAGGGCGCACGAGAAAGGUGCAUAUUUACUUGUUGACUCAACUCUUGCUCCACCUCCACUUCAAAACCCCUUCGAUUUUGGUGCGGAUAUGAUCAUGCACUCUGCCACGAAGUACUUUGGGGGUCAUAGCGAUUUACUAGCUGGUCUAUUAAUUACCAAAGAUGCAUCGGUUAGAGAAUCUCUCUUACUUGAUAGGUUAUUACUUGGCACAAACAUUGCUAAUCUUGAAAGCUCUUUAUUAAUCAGAAGUUUGAAAACCUACGAAUUAAGGAUUUUAACUCAAUCGAACAAUGCAACUAAGAUAGUAAAAUACUUGGUAGACAACAUAUCAGAUUUUUCCAAACUUGAUGCUGUUUUUCAUGGUACCUUACAGACAGAUGGAUAUAUUAAGGCGCAAGUUCCGGGCGGUCAGUCUCCAGUGUUUUCAGUUAAAGUUUCUACGGAAAGAGAUGCUCGCUUCUUACCAUCUAAAUUGAAGUACUUUCAUCAUGCGACAUCUUUGGGAGGCGUUGAGAGCUUAGUUGAAUGGAGGGCUCUAUCUGAUACCCAUGCUGAUCCAAAGCUUUUGAGAUUUAGUGUGGGCGUUGAAAACGUUGAAGACUUAAUUGAGGAUAUUGCAACGGCUUUAAGAUCACUUUAG